CAGUCUUCUUCUAACAUCAAAUGAUGUUGUCAUGGCACUACUCUACGAGCCAUAUUCCACAUCAGUUUAUUAUGUUCCUUCGCAUGCUAUGCUAUUGUCAUUCUACUAGUAGAAGCCAAAAUAUUAAGGGAGCAUCACGAUGUUACUUAUUUGGUUCUUGCUAAUCUCUUACACAACUACAACUUCAACUUCAACUUUGCGAUCCGUAAAUCAUUUAGCAGUGAGUCAAUCCAUUCGAGAUGGUGAGACUUUGGUUUCAGCUGGUGGAAUUACUGAACUGGGUUUCUUCAGUCCCGGAAAUUCGACAAGACGAUACUUGGCUAUAUGGUACACAAAUGUAUCCCCUUACACAGUGGUAUGGGUGGCUAACCGAAACACACCUCUUCAGAAUAACUCAGGAGUUCUCAAACUCAAUGAGAAAGGGAUUCUUGAGCUUCUCAGUCCUACAAAUGGCACCAUUUGGUCAUCCAAUAUAUCAAGCAAAGCAGUGAAUAAUCCAGUUGCUUAUCUUUUGGAUUCGGGAAAUUUUGUAGUGAAAAAUGGACAUGAAACUAACGAGAACAGCUUCUUGUGGCAGAGUUUUGAUUAUCCAACUGAUACAUUGAUGUCAGGAAUGAAGCUUGGGUGGAACAUAGAGACUGGUCUAGAAAGAUAUCUUACAUCUUGGAAAAGUGUUGAAGAUCCAGCUGAGGGAGAAUAUACUUCAAAAAUUGAACUUACAGGAUAUCCACAAUUAGUACGGUUCAAGGGACCUGAUAUAAGAACCAGAAUAGGAUCAUGGAAUGGCUUGUAUCUAGUUGGAUAUCCAGGUCCAAUUCAUGAAACAUCACAAAAAUUUGUGAUCAAUGAAAAAGAGGUGUAUUAUGAGUACGACGUUGUUGCUCGAUGGGCCUUCAGUGUAUAUAAACUGACUCCUUCAGGCACAGGGCAGUCUUUAUAUUGGUCAAGUGAAAGAACCACAAGGAAAAUCGCCUCAACUGGGGAGGAAGAUCAAUGCGAGAAUUAUACCUUUUGUGGAGCAAAUUCUAUAUGCAAUUUUGAUGGUAACCGACCAACUUGUGAAUGCUUGAGAGGUUAUGUUCCCAAGUCUCCUGAUCAAUGGAAUAUGUCAGUCUGGUCCGAUGGUUGUGUUCCAAGGAAUAAAUCAAAUUGCAAGAACAGCUAUACAGAUGGUUUCUUUACAUAUAAACAUUUGAAAUUGCCAGACACAUCUGCAUCACGGUAUAAUAAAACCAUGAACCUUGAUGAAUGUCAGAGGUCAUGUCUUACAACCUGUUCCUGUACAGCAUAUACAAAUUUGGAUAUCCGUGAUGGAGGGAGUGGCUGUCUACUUUGGUCUAAUGAUCUGGUUGACAUGAGGAAAUUCUCUGAUUGGGGACAAGACUUGUUUGUCAGAGUCCCAGCUUCAGAAUUAGACCAUGCUGGCCAUGGAAAUAUCAAGAAGAAGAUAGUAGAAAUCAUCGUUGGUGUAAUCAUUUUCGGAUUUCUCAUAUGUGCAUCCGUAUUUAUAAUAAGAAAUCCAUGGACAGCAAGAAAACUUUACAACAAGCAUUUCAAAAGUAAACCGAGAAAGGAAGAUGGUGAUUUGCCAACUUUCAAUUUGUCAGUCUUAGCUAAUGCUACCGAAAACUUUUCAACUAAAAAUAAGCUUGGCGAAGGUGGCUUUGGACCAGUGUACAAGGGAAAGCUGAUAGAUGGACAAGUGUUAGCUGUGAAAAGGCUUUCAAAGGAAUCUGGACAAGGGCUAGAAGAAUUCAAAAAUGAAGUAGCAUUGAUUGCGAAACUUCAGCACCGUAAUCUUGUAAAACUUCUGGGUUGUUGUAUCGAAGGAGAAGAAAAAAUGUUAAUUUACGAAUACAUGCCGAAUCAAAGCUUGGACUACUUUAUUUUUGAUGAAACCAAAAGGAAAUUGCUAGACUGGCAUAAGCGUUUCAACAUUAUUAGUGGCAUUGCUCGAGGACUUUUGUAUCUUCAUCAAGACUCUAGGCUGAGGAUUAUUCACAGAGACCUAAAAACUAGCAAUAUUUUACUAGAUGCAAAUUUUGAUCCCAAAAUAUCAGACUUUGGCUUGGCUCGAUCUUUUUUGGGAGAUCAAUUCGACGCAAAGACAAAUAGAGUGGCUGGCACAUAUGGUUACAUACCUCCUGAGUAUGCUGCACGUGGGCAUUUCUCAGUGAAAUCAGAUGUCUUUAGUUAUGGUGUGAUACUACUAGAGAUUGUAAGUGGGAAGAAAAACAGAGAAUUUUCAGACCCACAACACUACAAUAAUCUUCUCGGGCAUGCAUGGAGAUUAUGGACCGAAGGGAGGGCGCUGGAACUAUUAGAUGAAGUGUUAGGAGAACAAUGCACACUCUCUGAAAUCAUACGAUGCAUACAAAUAGGCCUACUAUGUGUGCAACAAAGACCAGAAGAUAGACCAGACAUGUCAUCCGUGGGUUUAUUCUUGAAUGGUGAUAAAUUAUUGUCAAAGCCUAAGGUUCCGGGUUUUUACACCGAAAAGGAUGUUACAUCUGAAGCAAAUUCUUCAUCGGCAAAUCACAAACUGUGCUCAGUUAAUGAACUGUCCAUCACAAUAUUAGAUGCAAGAUAGGGAAUGGAGGCAAGCAAAUGUUAGGGCUUCACCUUAUAAUGUGAAACAUAACAGCUAUUUUCAUUAUACAUAACUAGUGAAAGUUCUAUUAUGAUUACCAGCUUUGCCUUUGUUUCAUGUAUCCAAAUAAGUGUAUGAGAUAAGCAUACUUUGAAGACAAUAAUAUUGCUAUCUGCACUAGAAUAGAGUUCUGAAACAUCUCCAGAUAUAUGAAGCAAUUUAGAUCCUUCUUAACUUGUUCUACA